GUUUUCUAUGAGCACUUGGUGUGCACAAUUGUUGCUUUGCAGGUUGUUGCGUUAUCGCAGGACUCGAGAAUUGAGGUGUGAGUUAUGGAGGGGGCAGGAUGGGUGGGUGGAGCAAAGGAACGUGGGAGCCAGGGAAAUGGCGGCUCUCCAGGCUUCUUGUCUCAGCACCCUGCACCUCGACAUUCGACGCCAGUCCCGUCUCGGCCUCGUUCACUGCGGGUGGCUUUCUGUGGCAACCAGCCAACCUUAGCGCAUGAGGCCUCGGGACAACUCUCCACCACUGGAAGAAGCGCGACUGUGAGAAGCCACCAAACACCAGCACCUUUCUCGAAACUGCCGAACGACAAGGAGUUUCAGCGCUCCUGCCAGAAAUCCCGAGAACAAUGCGGUUGUGUUCCAAGAUGGCUGCGCGUUUUUGUUCAAUGCAAUGACCUCGGGGGUGUGUUUCGGUCGGCCCCUGAAUCGGGGAAUGUUCCUGCAGAGACGAACUCCUCGCGAGGGCGGUCCAGCCCCUCUCUUUGGAAUUCGACCGGACCCCGGCUCCCCCUUUUCUCGCUCAAGAACCGCGAUUCAGAACCCAAAAAGAAUGUGCCGAAAUUGCCGCAGCAGAUGUUGUACACUGAUGGACCGUGCAGUGCGGAGGCCAUGUUGCCCAGAUGAACUGCUGCCACGUGGGAGCCUUGCACCCGUAUCUUGAGUGAGCACCAUUUUUGGCCGAGUUGAAGAAAUCCGACGUCUGUGAACGCAGCCGAACGAGUGGCAUCAGCUAAACUCUUGAUUUUACUACCAUGAUUAUCACGCAAUAUAUACGAAAAGAA